AAGUGUCAGACAGAUUCAAGUGAAAUUUUCUUCUGUUGCAUUUUUGUUCGUUCUCAUGACACGGCAUUUAAAAUAAAAAUAUUGAAUUAAUUUAAUCCUUAUUGCAAUUAAAAUAAUUAAAUAAUACAAAAGAAAAACUCAUUUAAUUACAUUUAUAAAAUGCAUUUACAAAAAUGUGCUCGUUUGUCAGCUGCUAAUUUAUUUCGUAAUUUCACAACAACCGGCACUCACAAUGCCUCCCCAAAAACAGCCGUGCUCAUGUUGAACAUGGGUGGUCCCCAGACCACUGACCAAGUUCAUGAUUAUCUCCAUCGGAUUAUGACCGAUAGGGAUAUGAUUCAAUUGCCAGUUCAGAGCAAACUUGGACCAUGGAUUGCCCAGAGGAGAACUCCUGAGGUGCAGAAGAAAUAUAAAGAAAUCGGGGGCGGAUCGCCGAUUUUGAAAUGGACCAAUCUUCAGGGUGAACUUAUGUGCAAGCAGCUGGAUGAAAUCUCACCCGAAACUGCUCCACAUAAGCACUAUGUUGGGUUUCGUUAUGUGAAUCCAUUGACUGAGAAUACAUUGGAGCAAAUCGAGAAGGAUGGCCCAGAGAGAAUUGUGCUGUUUUCACAGUACCCUCAGUACAGCUGCGCUACUUCUGGGUCUAGUUUUAAUUCGAUUUAUUAUCAUUUUAAAAAUAAAGCAUUUCCAUCAAACAUCAAGUGGAGUAUGAUCGAUAGAUGGGGUUCCAAUCCUCUUCUGAUCAAGACCUUCGCUGAUAGAAUUCGUGAUGAACUCAAUAAAUUUGUUGAGACUAAGCGAAAUGAUGUAGUCAUUCUCUUCACUGCACAUUCGCUGCCAUUAAAGGCUGUAAAUCGGGGUGAUCCUUAUCCAUCAGAGAUAGGUGCUUCUGUCCACAUGGUUAUGAAAGAAUUAGGGUCAGCUAAUCCCUAUGCCUUGGCAUGGCAAUCAAAAGUUGGUCCAUUGCCAUGGUUGGCACCUGCCACAGAUGAUGCUAUCAAAGGCUACGUUAAACAAGGAAGGAAAAAUUUCAUCCUAGUACCAAUUGCUUUUGUGAAUGAACACAUUGAGACCUUACACGAACUCGAUAUCGAGUACUGCGAUGAACUAGCAAAAGAGGUUGGUGUCGAAGAAAUGCGCCGUGCAGCUGCCCCCAACGAUCAUCCCUUAUUUAUUACCGCUCUCAGCAGCAUUGUUGCGGAUCAUUUGAAGAGUGAUAUGCAAGUUAAUCCGAAAUUCUUAAUGCAAUGUCCAAUGUGUGUUAAUCCACGUUGCAAGGAAAGUAAGAACUGGUAUAAGAAAGUUUGUUCCUAAACUUAAGCAAUUAUUAUAAAAGUACGUUGGUGAAUGAUUUGAUUUUGCAAUAAAUAAAAAUGGCUGUCUGAUGAAAUG